ACACGUAGGUGGUCGUCAGUACCUUUCACUUAAUAUUGCACAACAUUUUACAAGAAUAGACGGAUACUCACCACUUUAUAUUGGACGGGAGAUGAUUAUUCCUUCAGCCACGGCCUGGCCUAUCCCCCACGACGCCCCUUACAAGCCAACUCUCGACUGGUACAUCAUGGCUAUCACUGAAGCUGGUCUGUAUGAGCAGUGGAGGAAAGAACAGUUGUUAGACGUUCAACGUGAGAGUCGUAUAAGACAGCGAAAGGAACUGAAAAAAAAUCAACAAAUUAAAGAUCCCAUUAUAGGAGAGUCUGGCGAUAGCAGCAUCAAAGCCCUCACCCUCGUACACAUGCAAGGGCCUCUACUGCUUCUCCUUCUGGGACUUAUUGCUGCUGGAGUCAUCUUUGUGAUAGAGAAAGUGACAGCGAGGUUCUCUGAUAAAAUUAAAACACAAAAUUGAGAAACUCACAAUCAUCUACCAUUAUCUAACAUAGUACAUCCAGGACCCCACGACAGCCAAAUAUACGGGAUAUGGACAAGGGGGCAGAGAUAUAUUUGUGCCGUCACGUAUAUUAUUAAUAAGAAAUUAAUUCAGAGAGAGUUUGUAAGAAAUUAUUAUCUUUACGUAAUGAAAUAGACCGAUGAAAAAUAUUACUUUAAACUAAUAAUAACUCGAAAUUUAAAGACGUAAGUUAUAGAUCAGUUCGUCCUCGACAGUUAGGUGAUCGCUGGGAGGAUUCGAUCAUCCGGGCUAACAGGCUCAUCUUAAUGUACGAUCUAGUGAUUAAUUAUAAUGUCGAAGCAUCUUUGAUGAUACGAUUCACAAGGAGUUUUUGACACUAGAAACCAAGUGUUACAGGUAAAUACAGAAUAUAUGUGAUGUUAUUAACAAGUUUGGUCAUUUAAAAGAAGAUUGACAAGAUAAUAAAGAUAUGUAAUGUG